AUGAUAAUAAUAAUAACACCGAUAAAAUAUAGUGGAAAAAGAAGAGAAAUUAAACGCAAGCGCAGAAGUGUUACACAACAUCCAAGACUGGAUCUCGAUUUAGAUUAUUUGGAGAGACGAGCAGGUGUUACGAUAACCAAUGACAAUGGUGAUAGUGGUACGAAAGAGGAAGAAAGUCCAGCAGAUAGUCUUGAUCGAGUAAAGGUUGUUUUUCUUGGUGCUCCGGCUGUUGGAAAGUCCAGUAUUAUCAGGCAAUUUGUAUGGAGUGAAUUUUUUGAUGAAUAUAAACCAACUGAAAGACGUGAAACAUUUUAUCCAAGUGUUGUACUUGCUGAUCGUCUUUAUGAAUUAAAAAUUACUGAUUUACCAACAAUCCCAUAUUUUCCAGUGAAUACACAUUUGGAAUGGGCUGAUUUUCGUUACUAUGGUUUAAGAAGUGCGACAGCAUAUGUGCUAGUAUUUGAUCUCAGCAAUCAAGACACAUUUCAGUAUAUAAGGACACUGAGAGAACAAAUAUACGAGGCACGAGAUAUGCGAGGUGUUCCAUUGUUGGUUGUUGGAAAUAAACAGGAUAAGCUUUCAACAUUGGUUGCAUCAAGUACAAGAUAUCGUGAUAUUGUUAAUCUUGUGAGAAAACAUUGGAGAUGUGGAUAUGUUGAAUGUAGUGCAAGAUUCAAUUGUCGUGUUGUACAGGUAUUUCGUGAAUUAAUGAAAAAUAUACAAUCAGUAGAAGGAAGAUCAUUAUCACCAACAGCUACACAAUCACAACCACUUCGUUCUCAUUCUCGUGAUAACAACGAUAAAUGUGUACUUCUUUGACAACAAAAAACUCCAUCAGAACCAUCAAACUUAUCAAGUCUCAUUAAAAUAUUCAAAACGAAGGACGAAAAAACUCUUGAUAAUCUUCAAUGCCAAAGCAAUUCAUAAAUAUUUUUUUUUAUUUUACAAUUUCAUUUUUUAGUUUACUUGUUAUUGAUUUUUCUAUAUAAGUAUAUAGAUGCCAAUGGAAUUUUACAGGCAUAUAAAAAAAAUGUUAAAAAAAAUAUAUAAUUACAAGUUCAAUUGUUGUAUAAAAUAUUCAAUUCGUAGAACGUACACGUGAAAAUUGUUCAAAAAUAAUAAUAAUAACAAUAGUUAAGUGAAACGAUAUUGAGCAUAAUUAUUGAAAAUAGAAAAAAGUUGUUAAAAAAAAAAUUUAAUCUGAAAUUUUGGCUUGUAUAUUUGUCGCGAUAAAAACUGCCUUUAAAAAAUGAAAAUUUUUUAUAUUUUAUAUUUGUUGCACUAUUGAAUAACUAUUAUUAUUUAUAAAAAAAAAUAGGAAUGUAUACACUAUUGUAAACAACUCCUAAAAAUGACAAAAGUUUUUAAUC